UGUUACUGUUUACAAAAUAGCAAUAUGGCUGGAGCACCCAAACGAGCAAAAACUGACUUUUCAGACACUGAUAGACAAGAUUCUGAAGAUAGUUCGAACAAUAUACAACAAAAAUUUUCUAACUCAGGGAGUUUAAAAUCAAACAGACACUUGUCUGUUGCUUGUCAAGGCAAAAUGCCGCAGUGUUCGUUGCCAGAAGUAGUAUCUGAGUGGACAAGAGGGCAUAUCAAUGGUCUUCAUAUUGAUGUAUUCUUUCAACCAUUGGUUAAUCCAUUGCAUUUAGUAACUAGUCCAUUGCAGGUGGAGGGGUUAGGUAUGCGUGUUAGUGCGUAUGAUGUCGAAAAAAUCCAAAAUCGUUUGAAGGCACAGGAAAGAAAGGUCACCCUAUUAGCAGAUUAUGUUAAAAGAAGUGCAUUCAUGGAUUUAAUUCAGAAUUUAAACUAUUCAUCUUUUGAGGAAUUGAACAUCGAUUCUCUCAUGAAGCUGGAUUCUUGUAAUGAACAAAGUUUUAUCCCUAAAAGUCUACCUAGUGAUCUUGAUGCAUGGUUUCAAAGGUUUAAUGUUUAUGGAAAAAAUUUCAUAUUUGUUUUGUCAAGAAUGGUAGAAAAUGUAAUUCACGGCAUUCCAAACUUGCAAGGCCAUUAUCAGCAUUUGUUUGACUCAUUGCUGAAGAUGUUUGGUAUGCAGAGUGGAAUAAGUCAAGGGCCAGGUCUUUCCGAACAAACACUGAAGAUUGGAAACUUUGACAUUAAAGGUAAACCAGACAUGAUUUAUGCUCAUCACAAGAUUGAUUAUGUGGACAGGAAGUUGGAGAAACCUCGCAUAGUGGCAGUUUGUGAGGUGAUGAAAGAAAAACCUGUGAUGGUGAACAGUACUACAUCACAGGACACCAUCAAAAUAACAGGAAUAUCAGCUGAUUCAGAUAUGGAAAGCCCAUUUGAUAUAUCAACAACUGAUAACUUAGAACAAAGUCCCAGCAGACCUAUUCACUUAUCUCAGGCUCUGAUUGGACGACACUGUGGGAAGCUCCUAUUAAGCUACACUCAGUCUAUGGGGCAUAAUUUCAUAAAUGGCAUUGUUAUUCAACAGACUCAAGUUACCAUAACAGAACUCAGGAUGUCAGAAACACAGUAUCAGAAUAUAAUGGAUGGAAAAUGCACUCACAGUGAUGGAAAAAGACCUGCCUUUGUGUACACCAGGUCAUAUGAUUUUCUGAUUAAGAAAGACUUACAGAUAUUGAUUGAUCUCUUUAUAAAAUUUGGUCUGGAUCAGGAACAGUGAAUAAAAAGAGAUUUUAGGGAUAACCCGAGAAAAUAUCUAUGUGACUCUGAAAAUGAAUGGGGAAAAAAGAUUUUUUUCAGUACACUUGUUUCAACUUCCUGAGUAGUCUUUUAAAAUUGGACAAUUGGAUAUGAUUGAUUUUAAAUAAGAAUUCAAUAAUAAUAUAUUUGUUGAAGUACAAUGAUCUGAAACAUGUCAGUCUAGAUGCUUUCAUGUACGUUUUCUCAUCUGUUUCAUGUUUUUCACUACAGUUUCCAAUUUGCAUUCAAUAUUUGUAAAUUCCUUUUUAUAAGUUGUAUGUGAGAACUAUUUCAUUGUAAACAACAUAUGAGGAGUUUUGUAAUAAAUUGUUAUACUGAUUAUAAUUUGAA